AGUUAACCUAUCAUUGUUUAGGUCUCAUUGCUGCUCUUGUCACAUUCACUUGGAUCAGACUGUUCUGAGCACCUACACACACACACACACACACAUUCACGCUCCUAGCUCACCACUCGCAGCCCGGCAUCAUGUCCACCAAAGAGGAGAUCCCAGCGCUCAGUUUCAUCCUUGAACCAGCUCUGGUCGCAUCGCUGCUCACCCUGGGCUGUUUGUUGAAUCGGCGCAAAGCAUCCGACAUUGUCUUGGCCAAUCAGCUGGCCGAGAGCCCGACAUCACCCCCAGCGUACCAAGGUGCCCAUAUCAAACAGAUGCGAUUCCUCUUCUGGACCGUCAAGGUUCCCGAUAAUGCAAGGUUCAGGAUGAACAUUACAUCCCGACUGCUAGCCAUGUUUCCAUUCUUGAUGGAAGUGUGGUAUUGGCUCUUGACAUACUGGGUCUACCAGAUCGCUCGUGCCGCUCAAGCGUUGACCAUGGGUGCCUCCACUCGACAGCUUUCGGAAGAUCACGCCAGGCAGAUUCUCAAUGUGGAAAAAUGGCUCCAUAUCGAUGUCGAGCUGGAUCUGCAAAGACUAGUCAUGCGCCAUGACUGGCUCUUAUGGUUCUUCAACAAGACGUACGCCAUGGUCCACAUUCCCGCCACAAUAGCAUUCAUGGGCUAUUCUUAUCGCUAUUUUCAGCCUCAGAUCUUUCAAUCGACACGACGUACGUUGGUCAUUUGCAAUUGUCUGGCUUUUAUCAUUUUCUCUUCUUGGCCUUGCAUGCCUCCGAGGCUGCUACCAUACGAUGAAUUUGAAUAUGUCGAUACACUGCACACGGGCAAGGCCGCGAGCAUUUGGACCACCAACAAGUUCCAGAAUCAGCUCGCUGCGUUUCCGUCAUUGCAUUUUGGAUACUCAUUCGUCAUUGGGAUGUCCUUGUUGGCCUUCUCUCCUCACAGAAUCAUGAGACUGGUCGCGCCACUGUACCCCGUUCUCAUCCUUCUGGUGAUCAUGGCGACGGCCAACCACUACAUUCUUGACGCAGUGGGCGGCCUCUUCGUGACUAUCAUCGCAUACCGCAUCAAUCAAGUCCUGCUCAAUCUCAGACCAAUUGAGGAAUGGUCAUUCUGGAUAAUCAGGACAGAGAAGCCGAUGGACAAAUCCCAGUUCCAAAACGCUAUCUUGCGAGAUUCGACCAUCUCCGCAGUGCACAGGGAUAUGACCCAGCGCCCUCUCAUCUCGUCCCCGGAGUGAGAUGUCUGCACGCUCGGCGAACGACACUCGAUGGAUGAGCGAGCUUGAUACCGCAGAACGACUGUAUAUAUACACAUAUGACGAGACUCAUAACUGUAUCUAAUGCAUAUUCUGU